AUGGCGAUAAAGAACAUGUAUGAUGGAACUAAGACUCGGGUUAGGACGGUGGGAGGAGAUUCAGAGCACUUCCUAGUUGAGAUGUGCUUAUAUCAAGGAUCAGUUCAUAGUCCUUUCCUAUCCGCCUUAGUGAUGGGGGAGUUGAUGCGGUCUAUUCGGGAGGAGGUGCCUUGGUGUAUGUUAUUUGCAGAUGAUAUAGUAUUGAUUGAUGAGAUACGAGAUAAAGUUAAUGCUAGGUUGGAGAUUGACCUGCAACACAAUCUAAGAAUAUUCUUCUUUUUUCACAUUUACUUGCUUUUAUUGAAUUUUGGAAUUCCCUCUUAUGGAUUUUUAGUCCAAAAAACUCUGUUCCAUAGUAAGACAGGCAAAAAAAAUAUGUCAGGCAAGUCGGAUUUCGCGCAGAAGCUGCUGCAUGAUCUUAAGCUUCGUAAGGAACGAGUAGCUGCUGCUCCAACUUCAGGCUAUUCAUACUCCACACCCAGAGAUGCUCGUGCUAAUCCAGGACAAACUUACAGAGGAUCUCGACAGACAAAAACUCUAGAAUCCGUUAAUUCAAAAGUUGGUAGCACCAGCAACAGAUCAUUUCGCGUUGAUGAAUCUUCUGGACAGAUUGUUUCCUAUGGUACUGGGAGAGUCAGGAAUUCUGAGAAAGUGGGAGAUCUUUCCAUGGCCCUCGCUUUUGCUAUUGAAAACGGAGGAAAGUUUACUAAAAUGGAUUCGAGCUCAAACAGAAAUCCCGUGCUGACAUUUCUCCAUCAAUUCAGUCAGAGAUCAAUGGACAUAAGUAAGACAGGAAGGAGAACAUAUCAUCUUCCGAAUAGUCAGUUCCCUUCUGUCUCUCAAGUUCACAUCAAUGAAGUAUCGAAAGGGAUACAAAAACUAAACCAGAUUCUAAGAGCAUGUUCCAAUGGCCUAAAUUUCGAUAGGAACUCAAUUGAAGUUGGGCAGGAACUGUUGAAAGGAGCUAUGGAUUUGGAAGAGUCCCUGAGGAUGCUCGUAAACCUCCAGGAAGCUUCGGAUCAUAUGAUCAAGCCUCAAAGCAAAAAUCGGAUUACAUUACUUGACGAGGAUGAGGAUGUCAAGAUAGUUGAUCACAAGCAACUAGACCUGCCAAGAUUUUCAUUCGAUAAGCCCUCUAAAAAUUCGUAUAUCACCAAAGGGACAACAAAGAAUGACAUCAAACAGCGGCUCAUGGCCCUGACUUAUCCCGAUCAAACUCCUAAACUUCACGAAAAGCAACCUCAUAGCACUAACAAGCCGGUGUCCCAUAAAAGCUCAGCUAGUUGUGCUCCAGACUUCAAAAAUCUGGACCAGAAGAACCAGUCAAGUGGAACAAAAUCUGGAUCAGAGAAAGGAAGACUAUCGAAUGUCAUUGCAAAACUAAUGGGACUGGAUGAACUCCCGCAAAAGGAAGAAAACAAGGCAUCCAGGAAAGGAUCAGAUCCCAAAAAGAAGCAAGAGCCAGUACUAAUGAGAAGUGCAGGUCCUAUUGGCACCCGAGAGGCUGAGAACAGGUCAUCUCUUAAUGUUGACAAAAACAUGAUAAGUACUAUGCUACCAGUUCAGGAUGCAAAAUCCGUGCGUAAGGCUGAAAUUAUCCGUGCAUCUCCAACCAGGAACAAUGAUAUGGUUUCUUCUGGUAGAGUUCAACAACAGGAGGAGCGGAGUAUAGCGGUUAACAGAGAUACAGGUUCAGUGCCCUCAGGCUUGCCAUUGAUGAACAACAUGAUGGAUAAGCAACAAAGCAAAAACAUCCAAGUAAAUCAACUUAACUUCCAGCAGAAACAGAAAGAACAAAAUCAGACAAGUGUUAAGGGGAGAAUCACAAAAACAGUCGAAAUCAAGGAGACUAUCUCAAAGACAAAAAAGCCACAAACAUCGCGGGUGCCUCCAAUCAAUAUUGUGUUACAAGAAGAUACAAUUCAGAAAGAGACAGACAAAUUUCCUUUGAGCAAUGAAAAGAAGAUCUUACAUAAGGAUGAAGUGCAUCACGUGCAGAAGCUUAAAAAAUCCGAGGGACAAGAUGAGAAGCAUCAAGCAGGUAAGAAAGAGAAGUUACCCUCAAACAAAACUAUGCAGGCAAGAACACACAAAGCAAAACAAGUGGAAACCAUAACUUCACCAAAAUCAAGGAACGAUGCAGCAAGUUCAAAGAGGAAGCAGUGUUCUCGGAACCAAUCCAUACUUGGUACGAAAAAUUCUACCAAGUCAAAAGGUGGAACACUUUCAAAAGAUCUUCCGAAUGGAAUAAAGCAAGUAGCUCUUGCCAAGCAUCAAAAGUCUUUAGCCUCUGCAGUGAUCAUGCAAAGCAGCAAGAACGAAAAUGAUGAUCAAAAUGCGUUGUCAAAGGAAGUAUCAUCUAGAUCAGAGAAGCAAAACAGUAUCAAUCAGUCAUUUACAGAUAGGGAAGGACCUCAUAACGAAAUUCCAAGAAAUGAAACCUGUCCAAAAAUAGAUGAGUUACCAAGAAGAAGGAACGAAAUUCUCCAAGUCGAGACUACAGCACUGGAACAUCUGUCCCCAACUUUGAAGGACAUGAAGCUGCAGAAGGAUGACAAAAGCUGCUCUCGUGGAGCCGAACAGUCAACUGAAAUCCAGAUAAGAGAAGCAAAAGCGGACAAUACAGGAUCUAAUGAGCCAGAUGUGAGCAUGGAGAUACUUGAUUUCCAAACCGAGCUACUUGGUAAAAUAGAAAACAGUACCUCCUGCAACACAACUAUGGAAAAGGAAUGUGACAUCCUGACAGGUUCUGGAACUGCGAUUUCAAAUGAAAAUCAUCAAGAAAAUAUGCCGCAAGAUGUUGAAAUAUCCAUGGACCAGAAACUCAGAGAAGAUAAGCCAAAGAUAUCACAAGCUACUGACCAAUUCAACGGGAUUAAUCAAGAAGCCUCACAUAACACUAAGCUUUUCAAUGAUGAAAGAAACAAAAGUUUUCCUGCCAAAUUUACAGGAAAUGGAGGCAGAGGAAUCUCAUAUGCUGUUAUAAAUGAUCUAGAAAUAACUCUCCCAUUAGUGGUACAAGAACCAUUAACAGUACCUGAAAAUCACUUCAAGGAGUCGGUUAUUAAAAACCAACUAUUUCUAAACACAGCAGAGGCACUUUUCAAGCUCAAUAUACCAAUCAGCAUUCUCCACGCCAGUGAUCAAAAUAACCAAGGGGAAGACUUUAAACUUAUGAUAGACUGUGGUUAUGAGAUAAUGAAAAGGAAAGCGAUAAGACAAGAGCUAGCGUACCAUCCUUAUGCCACAAUAUCCAUCGGAUAUACAAAGACAAGGUCUUUGGACGAUCUUAUCAAGCAACUCUGCAAAGAUUUCGACACAUUAAAGUCCUACGGAGGCAAUGGAAAUAUGACUGAUGAAUGUGAUGAAGCAGACUACUUGCAUAACAUGAUUGGUAAAGAUAUGCAGAACAGAAAUCCAGAUGUGAACUCCUUGUGGGAUUCUGGAUGGAGUACUGAACAAAUAAUGUUUGGUUUCCUUGAAAAGGAUGAUGUUGUGAAGGAUGUGGAGAAGCAUUUGCUCAAUGGACUCAUCAACGAGAUCACAAUGGAUUUAUUACGAAUAGCCAUUUCAGUUUGAUAGAGUAAGAAAGUCAUUUCAGAAAAAGAUUGUUGUUGGCCUUGUAAUUAUUGUUCAGUCUAAGUAGAGUUGAAAGUUGAUGGAGCAAAUCUUGUAAGUAGUAAAUGAAAAAGGCAAAGUUCAUAAGUAACACAUUUUUGGAUUUCAAGUCUAUUCCGAUUCAUUUUCAACGUCUUAUUUAUUUAA